AUGAACGCAUUGGUGGCAACCAACAGAAACUUCAAGUUGGCAGCUCGGCUUUUGGGAUUGGACUCCAAGCUUGAGAGAAGUUUACUAAUACCAUUUAGGGAAAUCAAGGUUGAGUGCACCAUACCAAAAGAUGAUGGGAGUUUGGCUUCAUUUGUUGGGUUCAGGGUUCAACAUGACAAUGCCAGAGGCCCCAUGAAGGGAGGAAUUAGAUAUCACCCAGAGGUCGACCCAGAUGAGGUGAAUGCUCUAGCACAGCUAAUGACCUGGAAGACGGCGGUGGCUAACAUCCCAUACGGUGGUGCCAAAGGUGGGAUAGGAUGUGAUCCAGGGGAGUUGAGUGUUUCAGAACUAGAACGGCUCACCAGAGUUUUCACCCAAAAGAUACAUGAUCUUAUAGGCAUCCACACUGAUGUUCCAGCACCAGAUAUGGGGACGGGUCCACAGACCAUGGCAUGGAUCCUAGAUGAGUACUCAAAAUUUCAUGGCUACUCACCUGCCGUAGUGACUGGAAAACCUAUUGAUCUUGGUGGAUCUCUGGGAAGAGAUGCAGCAACGGGAAGAGGAGUGCUUUUCGCAACAGAGGCUUUACUCAAUGAGCAUGGAAAGAACAUCUCCGGACAACGGUUCGUUAUCCAGGGUUUUGGGAAUGUGGGCUCCUGGGCUGCCCAACUCAUCCAUGAGAGUGGUGGCAAAAUAGUUGCAGUGAGUGAUAUCAGUGGAGCCGUAAUGAACAGCAAAGGACUAGACAUUCCAAGCCUACUCAACCAUGUGAAGGAGAAGAGGGGUGUCAAGGGGUUCCAUGGUGGGGACCCAAUAGAUCCCACCUCAAUAUUGGUUGAAGAUUGUGACAUCCUCAUUCCAGCAGCCCUGGGAGGUGUCAUCAACAGGGAAAAUGCAAAUGACAUAAAAGCCAAAUUUAUCAUUGAAGCAGCUAAUCACCCCACUGACCCCGAUGCCGAUGAGAUCUUAUCAAAGAAAGGUGUUGUAAUUCUUCCCGAUAUAUAUGCAAACUCUGGAGGAGUUACUGUUAGUUACUUUGAGUGGGUACAGAACAUCCAAGGUUUCUUGUGGGAUGAAGAAAAGGUGAACAAUGAGCUGAGGACUUACAUGACCAAAGGCUUCAAAGAUGUGAAGGAGAUGUGCAAAACCCACAACUGUGACCUCCGGAUGGGAGCCUUCACGCUUGGGGUUAACCGCGUUGCAAGGGCAACUGUCCUCCGAGGGUGGGAAGCCUAA